AAAUUAGUGCUUCACAAACUGCAAGAAAUGAUCAACGGUUAAAAAUGGAGGAAGAUAAAUUUAACGCAAGAGAUUCUCAACUUACAUUAACUCCUUCAGCAGCUGCCCAGCCAACUGCCCAGGAUGUUGUCAUGGAAGAAGCUAAUAGUGAAAAAGAUAACAAGGUGAUAACAGACUCUGCAGUUGCUGUGAAUGAAUUGUUAGAUGAAUUAAGUGGCCUUGUUGAUGACUAUAUAAAAAUCUUUAAACCAAUUGAUUCAGCGGAAUGGAAUCAAGUUCUUACAGAAAUUGACGCGUUUUUGGAGGCUGAAAAGAAGCUUACACCCCUUUCUCCUGAAGGCCAUUUCUUACCCAUCGCGCGUCGUCUUCAAAUAGAAAGAAGUCCUAGGCUUGAAAAAGAUGGGACACCUAGAUUAAAACUUCAAGAAGCAAUUUUAAUCAUUAUUGUUUUAAAUGUUUCUGGUUGCUUGAUAAUAAAUGUUAAACAUGUGAUAUAUUAUUAUUUAGAACGCGAACCAGCUCCUCCGAAGGGUGCGCCGCCCAAAACACCAGGUGUUGAAAAUUCUGUGGGUAAUGAAAGGGUAUUGAGCAAAGAUGAUACGUCGACUGAUGAACAAUCAAAUAUAAAUACACCAGCGGAUAAAUCAGCAUCACGAAGAAUGAACCCUCAUAAAUAUUUGUUGCAUAAACCGACUUUCAGUCAACUAAUGGUUUAUAUCUCCACAGCAUUCAAGGAAAUUAAUGAGAAUUCCGCCUUACUAUUAUAUCUUUCGGCAGACGGUACUAAACACGCCAGUGUUAAUGGUGAACAUAAUUUAUCCAAUGGAUAUAUGGGUGGUGUUGCAACAAAUUCUCGCAAACCUGCUGACAAAGCCGACGGAUCUGAUAGUGGAUUAAUUAAUUGUUUACAUCCAAAUGAUUUAGUACCAUUUACUCGAAAACCAUUGUGUAUUAUAGUUGAUAGUAAUAAUAGCACGGCUUUUGCGAAUUUUCCUAAGGUCUUCAACCAACCAUUUCUUUGUCUCAUGUCUCCUGUUGAAUAUCCGUCAUCCAUUCCUGGUACAAUGUCGAUAAAGAUUUACUAUCGAAUAGAUAAAAUCGAAAAAUCGUUGAAACGAUUUUUACAAGAUGAUUUCCUUCGCCAAUUUCUGGUACGAUUCGUUUUAUGCAGUGCACUUUUGAAAGCACAUAACAGUUUUCAAAAUGAAAAGCAUUUCCCAUCUUCAUGUCCACCAUUACCUUAUACUUUAUUUGAUUCACCUAAUUUACUAGCUAAACUGAGUCAAAUUACAAAAGAAGCCCAGGUUGAAUCAUUAUAUUCAUUCCCUACAUUGGUGGUUGAAGUAAAUGAGGGAGAUUUGUCCCCUGAUGACAAUAAUAUUUAA